AUGCUCCGCCAGGCCGUCCGAGGAGCUCGGUGGUACCAACAUGUGGCCCGCAGAGGGCCGGGGGCCUUUUCCCCGGUAGCACCACGUUACCUUCACUACGGCGGGCCCAAUGACAAAAUCAACUUCUUCGAAAAAGCAACACCGGGAAGCAAGCAUAUCAGGAAAGUCGACCCCGAGGCCGAUGACCGCGCCGAACGAGAAGAGGUGGAGGCCGAGUUGGCCAAGUUAGACAAAGAGUUAGAAAUCCUGAAGGAGGGCCCGUUCGGUCCCAAUAGCCCGUUCAUUCGCGAGCUGCCGGAGAAGGAGCGAGCGAUUGCGCUCGAAGUUAUCCGAAAACACGAGGCGGAGAAGGGCCCUUCCAAACCCCAACCUUGGUUCGAUGAAGUCUUUGAUGAGGGGCUUGACGACAUGCUGAAGGAAGAGUUUCAGGGUAUGGCCGAGGAGGAGGAAAAUUGGUACUCGAACCCUGAUGGCAAGGGAUCCCGCAAAGAGGUCGUUCGGAAGUCUUACGAGAUCAUACCAGAUGAAACAGAACAUCGUCCAUACAUUGAAAAAUUCAAUCAGACCUUGAAAUCCGUCGCGAAAGAAACGCGGGAUGAGCGAGGAAUACAGGAAGUAUGGAAGUGGUAUCGUCGCUGCAAACGCAUUGUCCCUGGCUUCUUGAAAUCGAUACCGAAAGAAGCCUGGACGCUAUUGUGGGAUUCGCAAGCGCACCAGAGUCUACCGGGGUCCCAGGUCGCGACGCACAUCCAGACCCUUGCUGAAGAUGCCAUUUCUGUUGGCUUUCCUCUUUCGACACGACGAAUCAUCUCGUUUAUCGAAGCACUUCAUGUCACGGGGAAGACAGGAGAUGCCCUGGAACAGUGGGAAGCCCACCAGACCGGGCUUUGCCAGACGAAAGAGGACCUGGAAGCGUAUUGGACCUUGGGGGUACAGCUGUUUUCGGCGGAAGGCAAUCCUCAGCGAGCGCAGGAUAUUGCCCUAGCAUUCCUCGCAAAUGAUUCAUCCCGUCAGCCUCGGAUCCUCAUUCCUAUCAUAACAGCAUGGGCUGAAAAGCCCGGGAAAGAGGCAGAGGCCAAGGCGUGGGCGUUGUAUCUCCAGCUCAAAGCCUUCCGCGAUCACCAAAUGACGAUGAACGACUACGACUCCGUCAGCAUCGGUCUGCUUAAAGCUGGCAGGCUGGGCCUGGCCAUAGCCGUGUUCAAAGACAUGAUGGUGACCGGGCGUGAUCCGGCGAAUGACUCAACCGCACUCUAUAAGGCGGCCCUUGGCCUGGCUGGCAGUCUUCAAGCGUCGAGCGUCUCGGAGGAAGAGGUGAACAGGGUGUCAUUAUCGACCUUGACUCUUCUGCCCCGACAAUUUCAGAAUCGUUUUUUCUACGCCAGUUGGAUGAAGAAGCUUAUAGGCAUGGGUGAGGUGGACUCUGCAGCACUCGUAGUUGAGCUGAUGUACGAAAGAGGCAUCCAUCCGGAUCCCAAACAUCUCAACGGUCUUGUUGCAGCUUGGCUGCGGGACGGGGAUGCCGCGUCACGGGAAAAAGCCGAAUGCCUAGGAUGGGCGAUGGUUCAGCGACGAAUUGAUUCGGCUUGGGCUCGAAUCAAUGCAGGAGGGGAAGCACCCAAGGUCGAUGUCGAUCAGGACAUGGACAGCACUCGCAUACCGAAGUUCAUGCAGCGCCCCAUGCCCAGUGCUACUAUUGAGACCUUUUCGAUCCUCCUUCUUCACUACACUCGAAGGAGCGACGAAGACAUGGUCAAAUACCUGAUCAAAUGUCUAGGCGAUGCGCGCCUUCAGCCCAAUUCGUACUUCAUGAACCACCUUCUCUACGCGGAACUUCGGAAACAAGACAUACAGGCCCUGUGGCAGAAAUAUCAAUCGUUGUGCACCGUGACACGACCGGACCUCGAGACUUUCGCCUGCUUAUGGGAUUGCGGCAAGCUCCAGUACGACCGUAGCCGGACCGCCUUUGUGGCCGGCUUCCCCAGCGCUCGCGUUCUCUUCUCGGAAAUGGUACGGUGGUUCGCUCAGCUCCCGGCCCGCGGUCAGUCACUCGCACGGGAAGAAUUCUCCAAGGAGUUAUACGACCAGAUCAUCCGUUGCUUCUGCCUAUCCAGGGACCUCCCGGGCACGCUCGUCGCUCUCCACGCGAUGCGCGCCACCUUCGGCUUUGCUCCGGAUGCAACCACCGCCAGGAUCAUCGUUCUUCAGGUGGCCCGCAUGGCCGGCGUCCCGGCCGACACACCCAAACGUCGUCUCCGCCGCCUUUCCAGCACCCCCAAAAGCAAGGAGAGUGUCGCGCAUGUGCAGACACUGGUGCAGCUCCUGAAUAACCGUAAGACGGCCGCGCUCGAGGCCCGGGGUCAAACGUUGCAGGGGCUGGAACUGGUCGAGCAAGAGCAGUACCAGCUGGAGAUCAUGGUUGAGCUUCUGCGUGCGGUAAUGAACCGAAUCUCCAACAACCCGAGUCUCGUUGAAUCGCAAAUCAGGUCGGUGUCAGACGAGAUGGCAGUGUCCGGGAUUGAUCUGGGGUCGGCAAUGGAGGGCGAUAGCCAACUGUUGUGA